AUGAAAGCCCUCUAUUGGAAUAUUAGAGGGAUAAAGAAGGCUGCCGCAAGGUUAGCUUUGAGGAAUAUUUUAAGGGACAAAAGACCUGAUUUCCUUUGCAUUGCCGAACCUAUGAUUCCCUCUGACGCCUUUCCUACGUUGUUCUUCAACAAGCUGGGUUUCGACCCUGAUUUCAUCCAUAACGAGCGUCUUGGCGGAGUCUCAAAUCUAUGGCUGAUUUGGCGAAGAGGUGUAGCAAAGCCUGUUGUGCUAUCGUCUUCUGAGCAGCAAAUCUCUGUCUCUGUGCAAUGGGCUCAGGAAAUUUUCAUCUUAUCUGUAGUGCAUGCCAAAUGCCUAAGAGCUGCUAGAAGAGAAUUGUGGACCGACUUGGUGGCAACCCAUCCUGGGCUGACUACUCCUUGGAUGAUUUUUGGAGAUUUCAAUGCCACCCUUCUAUCUUCUGAAAAAAGGGGGCCUGGAAUUUUCAACCUGGGAUCAGCGGGAGAUUUUGGCGCAAUGGUGGAUACUUGUUCUCUAAUUCAAGUUCCUUCGCAGGGAAGGAAAUUCACAUGGACUAAUAACAGGAGAAGGGGACAUGUCUCUGCAGUGCUCGAUCGAAGCUUUUGCAAUGAGGCCUGGAUUUCUUAUUUUCAAGAAUGUCACCAAUUUGUCUUGCAGAGAGUGGCGUCUGACCAUACUCCCAUUUUGGUGGUGUCUGAAGGCUCUGAAAGACCAAAAAACUGUCCUUUUCGCUUCCAGAGGUUCUGGGCAGACCAUGAGGGUUAUCUAAAUGCAGUUAAGUCCUCCUGGGUGAAUGACAUUCCUGGAUCGCCAAUGAUGGUUAUGGCUCAAAAAUUAAAAAGAUUGAAGGUCUUCCUGCGCUCCUGGGCAAAAGAAAAUUUUCCAAAUUUUAAUUUGGAGAUGAUGGAGGCAAAAAAAUGCAUGGAGGAGAUCCAGACUGAAAUUGACAGAGAUGGGAUAAAUGACUCAAUUUAUGCCAAAGAAGCUGAUGCAAAGACCAGAUAUCUGAAGGCACUGCAAAAUUAUGAGAAAUUAUGGGCUGAAAAAUCUCGUUCUAGAUGGAGGAAUCAAGGAGACAGAUGCUCAAAAUUUUUUCACAUCUCAGUGAAGAUUCGGCGAAUGAAGAACUCCAUUAAAUCUCUGAAGAUGGUUGAUGGGACCCUGAUCUCUGAUAGAGAGCAGAUCAAGGAAUAUGUUGCGGGCUAUUAUGAGCAUUUUCACAAAGGUACUCCCCUUACCAAUCACAUGGAUUUAUUGCAAUGCAUUCCUAAUGUAUUGGAAGAAUGGGAUAGAGGUCGAUUAGAUGGUAUUCCCUCUGACUCUGAGAUUAAGAAUGCGGUGUGGGAUCUUGAUCCAGAUAGUGCUCCUGGUCCAGAUGGAUUUCCUGGAGCUUUUUAUAAAUCAUGUUGGGACAUCAUAUCUUCAGAUUUGUGCAAUGCUAUCAGAUGGUUUUUCAGAACUGGGUUCAUGCCUUACGGCAUUAAUAAUAAUUUCCUGGUUUUGAUUCCUAAAAUUGAAGGAGCACUAUCCCUUGACAAAUUCACGCCAUUGUGCAUGGGAAAUUUUUUAUGCAAAAUAAUAUCAAAGAUUCUGGCUAUGCGAUUAUCGUGUGUUCUUCCAAAAAUUAUCUCUGAGGAGCAAGGGGCCUUCCAGAAAGGGAAGAUCAUUCAUUCCAACAUAUCACUUGCCUCGGAGCUGGUUCUGAGGAGAUUUGGAUUUUCUGAAAAAUGGAUCUCUUGGAUCCAUCAGAUCCUUGUUUCUGCCAGAAUCUCAGUUCUGUUUAAUGGUGGCCCUGUUGGAUUCUUUGGUGUGGAGAAGGGUCUGAGACAAGGAGAUCCAAUCUCGCCUAUGCUGUUUAUCAUUGCUGAAGAGGUUCUUUGUAGAGGCUUAUCUGAGCUCCUAGCCAAUAACAGCAUUAAAGCUCUAUCGGGUCCGCGUGGGGCGAUUAUCCCUACACAUAUUCUUUUUGCUGAUGAUGUUUUUAUCUUUUCAAAUGCUUCCAUCAGGAAGCAAGCCAUUGCAGAAGAGCUUGGUAUCUCCAUUUGUAACUUCCCCACCCGCUAUUUGGGGGUCGAGAUCUUUAAGGGAAGGCUGAAAAAGGAGUCGCUUAUCCCCAUUCUGGAUAAAGUCAAAGGGCGUCUAGCAGGAUGGAAAGGGAAGAUUUUGUCCAUGGCUGGACGAGUGGAAUUGGUCCGCUCAGUGAUCUUGGGAAUGAUGAACCAUAGUUCAGCUUCAGAUGGGAUCUUUGUUGCAGGCCUAAGGAUGAAGGUGGUUUGGGACUGA